AUGCGGAGAGCAGGUGCAAAAGGUUUCAAGCGAGAUGGCGGCAGCAUCUUGAGUAGCAUUUCACCCAAUGUGAGCUACUUAGAUGGACGAAAUAAAAAAACGGUCGGAAAGGUUGGGACAACUGCUCGCAGCACAAAUGAGGAGCCGCGAAAUAGAACAGAGCUGAGCACAGAGAAUUUUCUUCAACCUGAAAUCUCAUCGUACCGUUCAGGAAGUGCGGAUUCUGCAAUUGUUGUCAAGCAAGGUGCCAAAGACCAUCUCACAGCCGGCCCAAGUAUUUCGUCCCUGUUUAUAGGCGACCUUGAUAAGGGGGUUACUGAGAAAAUGCUCCUGCACGCUUUCUCAGGAUUUAAGACCCUGGCUUCAGUUAAAAUAUGCAUUGACUCCGAGACAAAAAAGUCUCUAGGUUAUGGUUAUUUGAACUUUACUUCAGCUCAGGAAGCGGAUGAAGCCAUAGAAAAGUUUAGUUACGUCAAACUCUUUGGUAAAGAGGUGCGGAUAAUGCCUUCAAUGAGAAAUUCUUACUUUAGGAAAAACAUCGGUACAAAUGUCUUUUUUACUAACCUGCCUCUUGAAAACCCAGCCUUGACAACGAGGGUUUUUUAUGAAUCGUUUAGAAAAUAUGGAAGGGUUCUAUCAUGCAAAUUGGAUAGGCGCAAGAAUAUUGGGUUUGUUUACUUUGAAAGUGACAUUUCUGCAAAAAAAGCGAUUGAUGAUUUCAACUCAAGGGAGUACUUCGGUAACAAAAUUGCCUGCGGAUUGCAUUUUGAUAAGGACAUCCGUAAGUCACCACAGUUUGAGAAGAGAAGGUCAAAAUUAGAAGGGCUAACUGUUAUCAAAGAGAGUUUGGAGAGCGAGGCUUGCACCGAUUCCAAUUCUUUAGGAGAUAGCCCCGGACCAACCCCUUCAACUUCAGUGCAUGUCAAAAAUCUGCCCAUUGGAGUUUGCAACGAGGAUCUUUUGAACUAUUUCAGCAAAGUGGGCCCUAUAAAGUCCGUUUAUACAUCUAAGGCCGAUGUUUACACCACCUCAUGGGGAUUUAUAACUUACAAGAGAAGCAGAGAUACCAUUCGUGCUCUUGAGGAAUUGAAUGGAGCUAUAUUCAUGGGAAAAAGAGUAGAAGUUACACGAGCCGUUAAAUAUAAUGGAGAAAGAAAGAGCACGAGUACAAAUAACAACGGAAUUGAGUUUACAGGAUGUGUUGGAAAUAAUAAAUCCAAUAAGCAAAUUAACUCACUUCUUUCCAAUGGUUACAGGCAAAUGCUCUAUCUCAGUGACAUGAGUGCUGUUUGUAAUGAGAAGUUUUUGAGCCAUUUGUGUCGCACAGAGAAAAUCAAGUUUCAAAGGAUUACCAUAGAUCGCUACGACGAAGAAGGCCUCACGUUUGCAGGUUCUGUCUUGUGCAAAUCCCGCUCGGAUUCCAACAGACUUUUUGAAGUGCUAAACGGGAAGCUCAUAGGAGAUAGCGUCGUCAAAGUAUCAUGGAGGCCAGCGAGCAAUAAUUGCAAAAAGCCAAUUAAACAAGAUAUGCCAGGUCUUCCAAGAGAAAUUAUUUGCUCCAUGGGCUCGUCUGCUACAGACCAUGUCAUUAUUAACAGCGAAUGUGAUGCCCACCACCAAAUGCCCUACAAUUUGUCGACAAAUAUCACAACUAAGAGGUCGGACCCUGUUGCAAAAGCUCAACUAAUCGAUGUUUUGAAAAGGGAAGUUAAAGACUAUAUUGACUUUUUCAAGUACCCUGAUGCUUCCCGCGAAGUUAAUCUUGCUUGUAUUUCAGAAUACAUUUUUGAUGUUUACUGGCGAUCCGACUUAGAGAGCUUGACCAAAUUUCUGCUAUUAAUGCCAACUAAGAAACUGCAUCACAAAGUUUUAGAAAAACAGGUCCACGAGGCCAUCAAAUUUUUGGGCUUUCAGUGCUGA